AUGAAGUCAAUCCUUAUGGGCGCGUUGCUCCCGGCAUUGGCCAAUGCAGCUGCAACCAGCGGGAAGUUCACUGCUCUGAGCUUCAAUGUCGCAGGCCUACCAUCUAUACUCCAAUCAAACGACGUGAAUGGCACGAAACCCGAAAACGCAAAGCAACUCGGUACUUAUUUCUCGAAGUAUGGAUACGAUAUCAUCAACAUGCAAGAGGUACAGAGAUACCAUCAAAUCUACCAAGACACUCAGCUGAUGUACUUUCAACAGGACUUCAAUUACCACGCCUAUAUCUACGAAACAGACGACCACCCUUACCGAACUGCCACAUCUGGGGGUGCAGCUAUUGGAAGUGGUUUGAAUACCAUAUCCAACUAUGACUGGGUUGAUUUCACAAGAGCGAAAUGGAACAAAUGCUCUGAUGCUUCUGGCGCCGACUGCCUAACGCCCAAAGGCCUCACUUUCAUGCGCUGGAAUCCAUCUGAGGGGGUUUAUAUUGACUUUUACAAUAUCCACGCCGAUGCUGGCACCGAAGACGACGACGAAACAGCCCGAAACUCCAACCUGCAACAGGUCGCUGAUUACAUCGACACCAAUUCAAUUGGAAAUGCCGUCGUGGUAAUGGGCGACACAAACAGUCGCUACACACGCACCGCAGACACCGGUAUCCGCGUCUUGCACUCCCAAAGCAACCUAGCAGACUCAUGGGUUGAGCUCGAAAGAGAUGGAAUUUAUCCCACGGCCGGUGCUGAUGCCCUCCUCUGCGACAACCCAUCUUCCAUCCUCACCUGUGAAACAGUCGAUAAAGUGCUAUACCGUGGUUCGGACCUGGUGACACUCAAGGCAGACAGUUUCAACUAUAACGGUGACAAAUUCACAAACACAGACUCCAAGUAUCUUGGGAGUGUUCUUUCGGAUCAUAACCCUGUGCUCGUGAACUUCACUUGGUCGUUGGAUUCAAAGCUGCGUCAGAGUCAGUUCGCGGGUGGGCCUCAUGGGACUUGGUUUAAUGAUGUUUCGAAAUUGUCCGGUUCGCCUGCUGCUUCGGUUAUUACGUUCCGGGGUGAGAAGAGGGUUGAUUCGGUGGGCUUGAAGUUGGCGGAUGGUACUGAGUUCAGUCAUGGUGGUACGGGUGGCACGGAAGUUUCGCUUGAGCUUGGCUCUGGAGAGUAUUGGACGCAGACUAAGCUCUGUACUGGUCAGUACAAUAACCAUACUCGGAUCUUCUAUGUUCAGGCGACUACCAGUGCUGGUAAUACCUUGGAGACGGGUGUGUCGACUACCAGCUGCCAGACUUACACUGCGCCUGAUGGAUUUGCGGUUGUUGGAUUCAUGGGACAGGAUGGUGAUGAGAUUGAUCAGUUGGCUUUGAUCUAUGCAGCCUAUUAA